AUGUCAGCUGUCAUAGUCGUGCACGGUGGAGCGUGGGCCAUUCCGGAUGACCUCGCCAAGGCCUCAGUUGAUGGUGUAAAGGCGGCAGCACGUGAAGGCUUUGCUGUGCUGCAAAGAAAAGAAGUUGCACUGGAUGCUGUCGAGUCAGCCGUACGGGCCCUGGAAGAUAAUGCUGUGUUUAACGCAGAUCAUGGAACAGCUUUAAAUGCAGAAGGGGAGGUAGAGAUGGACGCCAUCAUCAUGGAUGGAAAGACAUCAGCUUGUGGUGCUGUGUCAUCAGUGAAGAACAUUCCCUAUCCUACUUUAAAUAUCAAUCAAUUGUUGUCUUGGAAACCCGUCGUGUUGACAGACAGCGGUGCAAACCUUUUUGCAAGGAGCAUGGGUAUGGCCACAGUUACCGCUGAUGAGAUGGUGACCACUUACGAGAGAAAAUAAUGGGAGAAGCACAAAAAAUAUGUGACUGGGGUGAUGGAAAACUUCAACACUCACUGGCCCAUUGCUACUGUUGGUGGUGUUGCUGUAGACUGCGCUGGUAAUGUCGCCUGUGCCACAUCGGAUAAUAAAAUGGUUGGCAGAGUUGGUGAUACUCCAGCUGUCGGCUGUGGGGGAUAUGCAGACAACCUCAGUGGUGCAGUGUCUUGUAGUGGACAUGGAGAAUCCAUCCUUAAAGUCACCCUGCCCAGACUUGUUCUUUCACACGUUGCACAAGGUAAAUCUGUGGAAGAUAGCAUGUCUCUGCAGUACACGGGAGAGCGUGCGAGCGCUGGGGGUGUCAUCGUUGUUUCUCUUUUGGGUCAGUGGGCUUCAGCUUUCACCACCGAGCGAAUGCCUUUGGCCGCUGUGGAACAUGAGGUUCUCUUCUAA